AAAAUUAUUUUAAAAUAAUUUUAUUUUUCAAUAAAGUUCCAGCAAAACCGAACACCCAACGAUAGCUCAAGAAUUUUGUCAAGUGCAAAAGUUAUAUUAAUGGCGGCAAUAGAUUGCGCACAGUGACUGUUCUCGUGUAAAUGAAACAACACAUCAAAUGAAAUAGAAACAUGUAAAAGGAGUGCGAAAUAUUGCGCUCCCUGUUCUUUAUACGUACUUUAUGCUUUGCUGAGAACUAAUACCUAUCGCUCUUCUCUGCAUAUACUGUAGUAUGCAACAUAUAUCUACCUCACUCGCACACACACACCUUCAAGCUAAUUUGGAAAUAUAUACAAACUCUUGCGCAGAAACGAGUUCAUCACUGUACCGUCACAAAAGGUAUUUCUCGGGCUGCAUUGAUCAGUUUCAAAUCAACGUUCAUUAGUUCGGGUUCAUAGUGUUUGUGUUGUCAAUCGUUCGCGUUUUUAAGCGUCGUCGCCGUCGCAUCCACAAUAUUUCAAAAGAAAUUUGGAAAAUUUUAAUUAUUGAAAUAAUUAUUAUUUUUCCCGCGCUUAAUUUGCGCCCAAAGCGAAUAAUUUACGAGCCCAAAUUAUUGCUACGGAUAUCCAGCAACAAGUUCAGUUACGCACUCAACGCAAUACAUCCAACUAUCAGAAAAUUUGCUGCUUUGGAAGAAAAGCUAUCAAGCAAUUGGAAUUGUAUAUCUAGCGGUAAGCAACAAACAUCACAGUGGCUCUUCACUCUACAGAAGCCUUGAUGGCUGCCGGAUUUCUGAAGUCCGGAGAUUUGGGACCACAUCCACACAGUUAUGGAGGUCCACAUCCACAUCAUUCGGUACCACAUGGACCGUUACCACCGGGCAUGCCUAUGCCGUCGCUCGGACCCUUCGGAUUACCUCACGGUUUAGAAGCUGUUGGGUUCUCCCAAGGUAUGUGGGGUGUGAACACCAGGAAACAACGGCGCGAAAGAACUACAUUCACGAGGGCACAACUGGACGUUCUUGAGGCACUUUUUGGCAAAACUCGCUAUCCUGAUAUAUUCAUGCGUGAAGAAGUGGCACUUAAAAUCAAUUUACCAGAGUCAAGAGUACAGGUGUGGUUCAAAAACCGUCGAGCUAAGUGUCGUCAGCAGCUUCAGCAGCAACAGCAGUCUAGUAGUCUUAAUAGCGCCAAAAACGUUAAUUCCGGAUCCACUUCAUGUGCAUCGUCACGUAACUCAUCGUCUACCGGCAACAACAACAACAACAACUCAGCCAACACUUCCAAGUCCAACUCACAUCAUUCAUCGUCAAAUAACAACAACAAAUCCAGCUCAGGAGCUAGUAUAUCAAAUGGGAAUAAUUCAAGUGGAAACUCUUCGGCGGCGGCGGCAGCAGCUGCUGCAGCAGCAGUAGCUCAAUCAAUAAAAUCGCAUCACAGUUCCUUCCUCAAUUCUUCCGCAUCCACAUCUGCCACUACACCGUCAAGCUCGUCCAUGAAUUCACAUGCACACCAUAUGUCUGGAAGUGGUUCUGGUAAUUCCAUCAGUGGUAAUCCCGGAUCACUGAAUGUUACUGCAGCACAUCAGAAUUCAUCUCCAUUAUUGCCUACGCCUGCCACCUCAGUUAGUCCGGUUAGCAUCGUUUGCAAAAAAGAGCACAUCAGUAGUGGCUAUCCAACUGAUGCAUUGCGUGGUUCUUAUGACACAAUAAAGGAAGCUGGUGGUGACAUUAGUUCUAACUCUCACCACCACAGUAUCUAUGGUACUGCCGCAUCAGCGAAUCCUCGCUUAGUGCAGGCUGGUGGCAAUAUAACACCAAUGGACUCUAGCUCCAGCAUCACAACACCUUCUCCACCAAUAACACCAAUGUCACCACAAUCCGCAGCUGCUGCAGCUCAUGCCGCUCAAUCGGCUCAGUCCGCACAUCAUUCCGCCCAUUCAGCUUACAUGUCAAAUCACGAUUCAUAUAACUUUUGGCAUAACCAAUAUCAACAAUACCCAAACAACUAUGCCCAAGCUCCUAGUUACUAUUCCCAAAUGGAGUAUUUUAGCAACCAAAAUCAAGUCAACUACAAUAUGGGCCACUCCAGUUAUAGUGCUUCCAACUUUGGACUCUCCACAAGUCCUUCGUUCACAGGUACUGUCUCAGCUCAAGCGUUUUCACAAAACAGUCUGGACUACAUGUCGCCACAAGAUAAAUACGUAAACAUGGUGUAGAAUCUGCUGCAAAAGUAUUGCAGCAAACAGACUUAAAUGGUAUAAUCUGAAAAAAGUCAAGACUGCAGUCGAGGAUGCAGUUCAACUUGCUGCAUUAAUUGUGUUUGUCAAGUGACGACUUACAGAGAAGACAAAGAAAUCAUUUCAAGACAUAUCCAAUGUUUCAGUGCACGCUCUGCAAUUAAUCAAUCGAAGCUUUUUGUUUUAGAUACAUUGUUUUAAUUAAAUCCAUUUUAGAAAUUAGAUUGUAAAUACACUUAAAAUACUUUAAAAACUCGUUUUAAAAAUGCAGCCAACAUCAACGAAUAUAUCAGUGAUAAUGACAAACUAUUUAUAGGUUAUUUGUUUGAAAUUGAGUAUGAAAAGGGCGGAAAGAAGAAUAACCUGCAACUGAAAGGGGCCGAAACUGCAGUUGUAAGCAACAAAUCUGACAUAUUUUUUAUUCUUAAUUUAUAAUUGCUCCAAAAAUCAUGCAGCCUCCUCCAGGGCUAAGUUUAAUCGCAAAUGAAUCAAAUGUAAAAUGCAAAACAAAUAUAAUUUAUUCAUAAGAGAAAUAAUUGUUCAUAAUUUUAAUUUCAAGAUGUAUUUUAGACACCAAAUCCCACAAUUUUUAUUGAUUUCCGAAGCACGGCAAUGAAAACAGAUUUAAAUUAUAUAAUAAAGGUCCCAACAAUUCUGAACAAACAAAACAUUCAUAUCAUUAUAUUGGCAUUUGUAAAAAUAU